AUGGCUCAGCACCAAAACGGAUAUAAUCUCAAACCUGGAAAAUACAAGCUCGCUAAGGGAUAUGAUUUAAUAGCAUAUCAUCCAAAUGACAUGGAUGAAUUUACUCCGAGAUAUUUGAUGUCAGAGCUAAAUGACAAUUCAACUUUCGUCAUGAAACGCGUAAAAAAUAGAGACGGAACGAAAGAACAAAAGCUUAUGAAUGCGGAUGACGUAGAUAGGGAAAUUGUUGAAAACGGUCUCGGAAUAUAUGAAAUGCCAGCAGAUGAGGUACAAGAAACUCCACAGGAAGAAGUUCAGAUACAACCAGACAUGGAAGAAAUAGUUCAGCAACAACAGCUAGAAGAGCCUGAAGGAAACGAACAAGUCCUUCCUUUGGAAACUAACUUCACAGAACUAGAUGAAGAUUUGGAACAGCCGAAAAAUCUUGACCCUCAACAAGAGCAUGAGGUGAAUAUGGAAUCUUUCCAAGAGUCUAAGAAAGAUUCGGCUGACAUAGUAGAAGAAUAUCGAAAAAUGUUUGCCGACAUACAAAAGACUCCAACACCAGAUGAAAAUAUUCAGCAUAGAAUGAAAGUACUGAAAGAAAAUGUACACAAAUACAACAACCCUUUUUACUUACGAGCAUUUAACGUUCAAUCUUCGGAUGAACUCGGUGAAAAUAAAAGGUUAAAUUUCAAGAAAACAUAUAGAAAUGAAACAUUGUUUAAAGUUCAUUCAGAACCUAACCAAGAUGGAAACAAACCUACUUUUGUUUCUGCAGACGAUGGAACUACAAUGAGAUGGGGUCAUAAAGCUAACCCGGAUAG